AUUUCCUGCUGUUCUGCUCAGGUUGUUCGGGCAAACCUGGUCACGUGGUAGAAAGUGGCAAGAGGACUGGAUCAUUUAUCAAAGUUUAAGGUUAUAUGUGUGACUUUGUCCUCAGGGAGAUUCCCUUUCCUCCUCCUCCUUCUCUUUACCUGCACGAUAAGUCAACACCUUCACUCGGAGGGAGGAUGUCCAACCUGCCGGAUAUUCCUGCUCCGCGUAAAUUCCACUGGAUCCAAGAAGGAAGCGAGAACACGUUUACCAGCUUGGAGUUCAGAAGUUUAGUUCUGGUUUCGUCCGAUGAGAAGAUUUCAAAGUGUUAAAGACACAAAGAAGAAGCAUGUUUUCCUUCCUGCGCUCAGGCAGAAACCCCGCUCCUGAGCAGAUCCACAUUUCCUCGCUACCUCCCAGUAUUCCCACAGAUCAGGAGCCAGAGCAAGCUGAAGGACAAGCGGAUGACGUGGUUGAAGAGAAAGGGGUGAUCCAGACCACAUACACUCACAGAGUACACUCCACACCCUCGGUCUUCCUCCAGAAUCACAGUGAUGAGCCUGUUUCCAGCACUUACUUUGACGAGAAAGUCCCUGUCCCUGAGGAGGAUGACGAGAGGUGGAUCAGUCUCCGUAAGCUCUGGGCCUUCACCGGCCCGGGGUUUCUGAUGAGCAUAGCCUACCUGGAUCCAGGUAACAUCGAGUCUGACCUGCAGUCAGGUGCCAAAGCUGGCUUCAAGCUGCUCUGGGUGCUGCUGGGUGCCACCAUCGUCGGCCUGCUGCUGCAGAGGCUGGCGGCUCGGCUGGGCGUGGUCACCGGGAUGCACCUGGCUGAAGUCUGCAACCGCCAGUACCACACUGUGCCUCGUAUCAUCCUGUGGUUGAUGGUGGAGCUGGCGAUCAUCGGCUCAGACAUGCAGGAGGUCAUCGGCUGCGCCAUCGCUUUCAACCUCCUCUCCUCUGGCAGGAUCCCCUUAUGGGGGGGUGUCCUCAUCACCAUCACUGACACGUUUGUCUUCCUCUUCUUGGACAAGUACGGUCUGAGAAAGCUGGAAGCCUUUUUUGGAUUCCUCAUUACAAUCAUGGGGAUCACAUUUGGAUAUGAGUAUGUGACAGUGGGUCCAGACCAAGGCCAGCUGCUGAAAGGGAUGUUUGUGCCAUACUGCGAGGGCUGCGGACCCGUCCAGCUGGGUCAGGCUGUUGGCAUCGUGGGCGCCGUCAUCAUGCCUCACAACAUUUACCUCCACUCUGCUCUCGUCAAGUCUCGAGAAGUGGAUCAGUCAAACAAAAAAGAGGUAAAAGAGGCCAACAAAUACUUCUUCAUCGAGUCGACCAUCGCGCUGUUUGUCUCUUUCCUCAUCAAUGUGUUUGUGGUGGCCGUCUUUGCUGAGGCUUUCUAUCAGCGCACAAAUGAAGAGGUGUUCAAUGUCUGUAAUCAAACAGGCAGUCCACAUUUAGACCUGUUCCCUCUGAAUAAUGAAACUCUCAAGGUGGACAUCUACAAAGGGGGAGUGGUGCUCGGCUGUUUCUUUGGCCCAGCUGCUCUCUACAUAUGGGCCGUGGGGAUCCUUGCAGCUGGUCAGAGCUCCACCAUGACUGGAACAUACUCCGGCCAGUUUGUCAUGGAGGGCUUCUUAAACUUGCGCUGGUCACGUUUCGCUCGGGUGUUGCUGACCCGCUCGCUUGCCAUCACGCCCACCCUGCUCGUGGCCAUCUUCCAGGACGUGCAGCACCUGACGGGCAUGAAUGACUUCCUGAAUGUGCUGCAGAGCAUGCAGCUGCCAUUUGCCCUCAUUCCCAUCCUCACGUUUACCAGUUUGCCAUCUCUCAUGAACGAGUUUGCCAAUGGACUGGUAUUUAAGAUAGGAGGCGGAGUGGUGAUCUUGAUCGUGUGUGCCAUCAACAUAUACUUCGUCGUAGUCUACGUGAGCACGCUGGGCAGCGUGUGGCUGUACGUGCUGUCGGCUUUCCUGUCCAUAGCAUACCUGGUGUUUGUGGGAUACUUGGUGUGGUUAUGUCUGAUCGCUCUGGGGGUGUCCUGGCUCGAUCCGAGCACCAGGAGAGGGAACGACACGACCAUCCUGAUCCAGCGGCAGCCUGAGUUUGACUCAUGACAUUCGCGUCAAAGGUGCAUCUGUGGACAACCUGACUGACUGUGUUUAGCUUCAGAUGAAGUCUUCUAUAGUCCCAAUUUAUUUAUACGAGACGUUUGUUGACUUUCAGAUGAACUUUGACGAUUGGUUGGUGCUGUACAGAUUUUUUUUUAGUAAUGAAGAAACAAAUUUAUUUGUCACUGUAACUUUAUUAAAAGGUAACAUACUGAUUGUGAAAAGCUUAGGUGAGUUUUAAAGAUUGACAGGUUUACAGAUGUCCGAUGUUUCUAAUCAUUUUUUGAAGGACUUAAUAUAACAGAAAACAUGUCAAGACUUUUUUAAGAAACCAAACAGACUGAAUCUGAGGUGCACAGAGUCCCUGUGAAGAAGAUUUAUAAAUGAUACCCAGGCUUUUAAAAUCAGUGGUUUCAUGUUCAGGAGGGAGUUUUAAAGUUUUAAACACAAAUUCACGUCUUCAAAAAUGCCUUUCAACAACAAGGCAGUGACGUGCUGGAUUUCAGCAGAUAUAUCAUUUUAUUUUUACAGCUCACUAUCACACAUUUGCUCAAGAAGCUUCAGAAUCUCAGCAGCAUACAGUAUCUUCUGACAUGUAGCAGAAAUAAGGAGAAACUUCCCCAAAUGCAGGAAGUCGCUAGAAAAAAAAAAGAGGUCAGGAAGAGCCGCUGAGGAAGGAUCCAGGAUGUUAUGCUCAGAAAAGCAACAGUGCAGAUUUCCAAUGUGAACAACUGAGAUGACAAAAUUAGACCUUAAGCGUCUGAAGAAACUGAAUUUAUCGGAGAGGAGUUAAGACGUGAUGAAAAAGAGAAAUAUAAAAAUAAAUGCUAAAAUUGCAUUAAUAUAAUUAAACAGGAGAAUAACAUGUAAGUUAGUAAACAGACUCAAUUUUUUUUCUUAAACAGCACUAGAAGUGUGCAAAAACAAAAGUUUUCUGGAAGUUCAUUUACAAACACUAAAGAUUGCUUCAACCCAAGAAAUACAGUAAACAAACAGAGGAUCUGAGAUUAAAUCUCCCAACAAUAUGUGUUUUACAGGCCAUCAGUAGUAUUUUGAAACAGGACCAUUUAAAACCCUCUGAGACAUUUUUGGGUUGUUUUUUUUUUUUUUUUACAUUUUUUUGUAUUUUGACCUAAUUGAAUUCAAACUGCAGUUUCUCUUUCAGCCACAGGGAGGUGUUGCAGGCUUCAGGAGACACUUCUCAUUUACAGUAAACAUUUCACUACCACAGCUUACAGCAUAACACAUUAAAGGACAUGCAGCCUUACAUCAUGCCCAUGUGCAGUCACCAAAAGCAGCGUUACUGUGUGAGACAAAACGAAUGCUGUGCGCUGAGACUCACUGCUGCUGCACAUGCCUGUGGUGGUAUGUCAGAAGAGUUGCAACUUAUUGUGCAACUGUGAGCCAAACGCUGCUUGUUUCACAGUGCUGAAGUGCUUCGGCUUUGCAA